CAGCAGAGGAAUUUGUCAUCGCUCCAUUGUCUAUAGUCCUCUUUCUCUCUCUUAUCUCUGCCCAGUUCCUCUCUUUCUCCAGUCAUUAACUUCUCUUAAUGAUGACUUCCUCUCGUGAUCCGUGGCCUCCAAGUGUUGCGUUAAUCCUAGACAGUUCCAACGAUAUUUAGAGGACCCCAUGUAACAGCAACGCAAAGGUCACAGCUUCUUUCUUCGUUUCUUCUUUGUGACAAGCAACGCGUUGGAAGGCUGGGUUUUGAAAGGGUUUUAGAGGAGGAAAAGAUGAGGUCUUGCGACAAAGAUAGCUAUAGAUAAGUCCCCGGGACCGGUGGGAGUCUCUUUCACUUUGAGAAGACGCGUGAAAGAGAAGAGAAAGGAAGGUUCUUUGGGAGAAGGAACUGGAUAGAUUCUAGCUAUUAGGACUUCCAAACAGGUUGGUUUGGUUCCUUUCCUCCCUCCUUCGUCCUAGUUCAUCUACUUUACUAGAUAUAUUUAUAGUUGCUGAAGAGAAUAAAGCCCAUUUGAAGAAGGGGAGAGGAGGAGGAGGAGAAAGAUAGAUGGGAAACUGUGGAAGAAAUGGAGGUGUGAGGCAGUACAUCAGAUCCAAGGUGCCUCGCUUGAGAUGGACUCCUGAUCUUCACCACUGCUUUGUUCAUGCCAUUGAGAAACUUGGAGGACAGGAAAGUUGAGGCUACACCUAAGCUUGUCCUUCAGCUGAUGAAUGUUAGAGGACUGACCAUAUCCCAUGUUAAAAGUCAUCUCCAGAUGUACAGAAGCAUGAGGAAUGACAUGGGCAGGCAAGCAUCAGAAUCGCAAGCAAGAAAGCACUCAUGUGAAGCCAAUGAUGGUGGUGCUGAUGAGCAAGAUGAUGGUAGCUCCUCCCCUCCUACAAAGCCCACCAAGGAAUUCCAGUCCCAGUUCGUGUACUUUCCACACCCUCCUCUGAAAAGGGCUCGAAUGGAGACACAAGCCACCUCCAAAAACUUGCAAUGCAGCCAAGGAACCAGUGAGACAGUCACCUUCCCGUACUGCUUUGAUGAUUACAUGCAAGCCAUGGCUGUGGGGAGGGGAAUAAAGGAGGAGGGACUCAGGUGGCAGAAAGAUGCUGUGGAGACUGGCUUAUUGGCAGAUCACCACCCUUCCAAGCUCAAAGUGUUGGGAUAUAUGGUGGAAGAAUCUGGCCCUUUAAAGACCGGCAAACCAAGCGACCAGAAUCUUGUCUCUGCAGGGAAGCUCAAGUCUGAGGGAAGCUACAAGAAUGGAUGUCGAUCAUAUGUAUCCCUUUCAUUCAAGGAGCGUUCAGAGGAGAGGGACGAGGUUGAUGACUGCUCACUAUCACUCUCCCUGUCAUUGCACCCAACACAGAGGAGUAAUACAUCCUCAGCAAGUGAAAGCAGUGGGGCAAUCUCUUCGAGACACUUCAGUGAGUGUUCAGGUUACUCUGAAGGACCAAGAAUCAAUUUGGAUCUCUCCAUGUCCUUCAGUGGUUCUUAGGUUGGACUUGUAAAUCUCUUCUCUUUCCUUUUUUCCUUUUUCUUUUGUUGUUUUUUGGGGGUUGGGGGCGGGGAGGGGGGAAAUUGAG